GCAUUGGAAUCAUUAAAUACCAUUGUCUGUUUAAAUAUUGUUCUGCGUCCAUAGUGCUAAUCUUGUAUAAAAACUUUAUUCAUUACAGGAACUAGUAAUUCAUUUUCGUGGAAGUAUACUCAAAAGUCAAAGGAAGUCAGCAGAUGCUACAACUAAUGUUUUUUCUAAACAACUUCCAACCACAACGUCAAAAGCUGAAUUUGGAUCACCAUAUGACAGUUUUGAGAAUACUGGAGAAGAUGUGGAGACUUUACAAGAAGUAGGAAGCCCCAGAAGUGAACUCCCACUGUCUGAAGAAGAAGCAGCACAAUCAGAUAAAGAAGUAACGGAAGAACUUGCAAAGCCAACUCAGCAUACUUUGCCACAAAUUGAAAAUGUUUCGUCUCAAAGAAGUGGAUCCGACAUUCUUUUGACUUGGAAUGAAGUAUCUGACAGAAACGUUCUAUACAACAUAGAAAUCUUCUGCGAUGAUGUGAAACUUGGAGAGACUCACACUACAGAGGUUCCGCAGUAUAGAAUGAAGUCACCUACACUUGGUAAAAAAUAUCGUUUCCAAGUCUGGGCCAGAGAUGAAUUGGGAAACUCUGGCAUAAAAACACAGUCAAAGAAUGUUAUCAAAUCGGAAAAUGUUGGAGUUGCUGGUGGCUCCAUGAGACUAAAUGAAUGCAACGUCACGUUUCCUAGUGGAACUUUCAACAAACAAACAAAGGUCUGGAUGUCAGUUGGAAUAGACAAUUCAAUAUGCCCCAAAGAAUACAUUGGUAUCACACCAGUUUUCGAUAUCAGCGCGGAUUGUGAAUUCCUCAAAGAUGCGAUUGUGCAAAUCAAGUCAUGGUGCGUCGGUCUAGAGAAAGACAAAAUUGACAUAUUACAUUUCUCAAGUAAAACUGACUGGGACAUUAUUAAUCCUCAUCGAAUCACAAAGGAUAACAGCAUAGAAUUUCGAUGCAGAAAGUUUAGUCUAUUCACCGUCGCCAUCAAGUGGUUAAAAUGGCUAAUUGGCAAACAACAGGUCAUUGUGGAUAACUGUCUCUAUAUUUCAAACAAAAAUGACUUUCAUUUCACAUUUUAUGGACAAUGUGAGACUGCUGAAACAAGAAUCAGAUCCCAUUACAGAGAACUAGGGGCACGUCUUGCUCCAAUUUGGUUCAAUCCAAUCCCUUUGAAAACUGGUGACAUACUUGGCCUCGAGUUACAGAUUGAUCGGGGACGAGAAGACUUACAAUUCAAUAUGCCCCACGGACAAUUUGAUUGUAACGACGCAUUCCUAACAUCCCAGAGACAUACAUUAAAAUACCGUCUUCUUCCUAAUUUGCAAGAAUAUCCUGAAAGACUCAUCAUUUGUAGAGUUUUGAAGAAUGACGUUUUGCAUGAAAUGCAAGACUUUGAUUUCCCAUUACCCCCUGCAGAUAUGCCAGGACAACAAACUACCAAUUUCUACGGAGAUUUUCAUGUUGAGGGAAACAUGAAUAUGGAUGAACAAGUAAACAAUCUUCAACAACCUUUACAAGAUGCACAGAGAGAAGCAGAGCAGCAAAGAGAUGCAGAUGAAAACGGGGACCAUGAACCAGAAUUGAUUUUCCAAAUUGCUAUUUUCUUGUUUGUAGCUGUUUUUCUCAGCGCUUAUUUUGCGAGGCGGCACACCUGAUUAAACCCUAUAAUUUGUUUCUGGCUGGAAUUUCAUAAACUUUAUCGGAAUCUCUCAUAUUGACGUUUCGGCGCUCCAGAAGUAUUCAUAACAGGGCAUUUUCCAUUAGAAUACUUUGCUUAAUCCGCACAUUGGUAAGAAUACGGCACUCCAGAAGUAUUCGUACUAAAGUGGGGAUUAACUAAGGCAAAGUAUCUUAAGGGAAAAUGCGCUGGUACGAAUACUUUGGAAGCAAAGUAUCUUAAAAAAAAUGCUCUGAUAUGAAUACUACGGGAGCAAAGUGCUAAAAAAAUGCCCUGGUAGGAAUACUUUGGGAACACCGACUUUUUAACUACUGAUACUACGUAACUUAAAUAUCCCUAUAAAGUUUAGAAUUUGUGUGCCAACACGCAACAAGUUAUAAUACUAAGUAGGUUGGGAAUUAAUGCCUGGUAUUAUAAAUGUUGGAUUUACGUGAUAAAUUUUAACUCUGGCUACACCUAGUAGUUUGACAUAAUGUUCCAGAGAGAGCAAACUGGUAGCUGAGGUCUUUGCUGUAACCA